UACUUUUCGAAACGUUCUGUCAAGUGGUUAAUUUUCGCUCUCGGUUCUCUCCUGUCAUUAUUAACACUCAAAUUUUCUGUCAUAGCCACUAUAAAAACAAAAUAGAUUAAGUCCGAUUUAAUGAUGAGCCUUUUCAACAACAUUUCUUUCAAUAAUGUUGACCAAUCGAUCUACUCGUCAAUCAGUGAUCUAUCAUCGUUCCAUGAUGACCCAGAACAGUCAGUCACAGCAUCAACAUCUUUCACAGACCAUUUAUAUCCACCUCCGCACCAGGAUGGUCCAUUGCCAAUUUUUGUACAAAUUCCAGUUUGUCACAAUACGAAUCAUCAGAUUAGUAGACAACAGACUAAAGAAAUUAAAUCCGAGUUAAUUAAGUCGGAAGUGGAAAAUGUCACAACAUCUCUACCUUCAACGCAGUCUACGAUAUGUACUCAAAGUUCUACGGUAACGACAACUAUACCCAGCGCUAAUAUAUGCUCGCAACAACAGACACCACCCACACUAAUCACUGCACGUCCAAAAUCGUCCAUAAAAUGUUUUAAAUGCAAUCAGUGUCCAUUCAUCAGCAUAUCGCAGAGUGGACUCGAUAAACAUGUCGAUAAGAAUCACCACAACGGGAACCAGACAUCAGUGUUUAAGACGCUAAAAUGUUUCGGUUGUCCCAAUGUUUUCUAUUCGCAAAAUUCCCUGAAAGUGCACUUGGUGAAGGACCAUCAAAUGAGCGACGACGAGAUCAAAUAUUUGGUGGAAAAUAUGGUCUUGGAUGGUGAAAAUGUCGACGAAAAUUUAUUGGCGACACCGAUAAAGCAAAAAAUUUAUUUAAAGAAUUUGUCAAUUCUUAAGGCACCUGAAUUUCGCACAGACGAAACUGAUUGCAGUGGAUCGGAAUUAUUCAACAAUUUCAACGAAGGAAACCAUUAUGCCAAAGAAAGCGAGCAGAAUAUGCCCGUUGAACUGUACGAUGACGUUCCGGAUGAUUUUAUUAAUUUAAUUGACGAUGAACUCAAUGAACAAAGUGAUGUUUUGAUGGAAAGCGGUGCUAAUAGCGACUUUCAAAGCAAAAUAUUUGUUAAGGAUGUGAACAAUUUGAAAAAUCCCACCUACUCAACGGGUCAUCAAUUUCUAUUCGACGGCAUUCAAGAUUUUCGAUGCGAGACGCAACAAAUAAAUUUGAUAGACACUCCACCGCCUACAUCAGAUACCAGCAUUCAGACCAGCUAUCCAAAUCAAAAUUUCAGUGCAGAUUUUGACAAUUCUAUGAACGAACUGCAACCGAAGAAGAAACCGUGCAAAAUAUUCAUUAAAAACGUUGACAUCCUACCGAAGCCCAUUUUAUUGCAGACCAGUGGCAACCACUUCAUAUCCACAUCGCCUCAACCGUUGUAUUCAGGAAAUUAUAUAAUUCCAUUUGGUAAACAGACACAGAGUACGUUCGUUCGUAACCCUUGCGAUUCAUCAUUUCUAUAUUCGCCGGGUAAGUCGAUGAACGAAAAUCGACAGCCUGUGCAGCAGAAGAAGAUUUUCAUAAAGAACAUUGAUAUCUUGAAAGAAACAAUCACAACAACUCCGGUAGCUAAGAAGAACAUGUUGCACCUUCGUACUGUUGACGAUAUUAAUUUGAUGAAUGUAAAUGAGGCUCAAAACCUUCGAGAAAAUUACCAAGAAGAUGCGACGCGUGUGUCAUCUACCAUUGAGAAUACCAAUGAAAACUACAACGAAAUUGAAGACUAUACCAUCAACAACGACCAAUGUCUCGAAUCUGUCAUCGAGGACUUUGUCACAUAUUAUCAGAACAAUGACAACGAUAGAUUGCAAUUUCCUGUGUUCCAAGACAUGCAUGCCGUCAAUUUUCCAUCGAAUGGUUCCGAUUUUCAUUUGGAUUCCAUUUCAACAGAGUGUCCGACGAGCAGCGUUAUAAAUUUGGAGAAUAUCACAGAUUCAACCACAUCAUCGAUUGACGAAAAGGCUGUAAAUAAAACGGAACAAAUGAACGGAAAUACAGAGACUCAACUCUAUUACAACAACUGCGACGGCGCUGAAAGGAAUAUGGGCAAUAUUUACGACUACGAAAAAGCAUUCGAUGAGGAAAUCCUGUUUGUUUGUGCUGAAGAAGUUAUCAAUUCAUGUGAGCAAAAUCGCGACAAUGGCAGUACAUUCAACGAUGAAAGACUGAACACACCAACCAAUUGUGCAAUCAUUCCGGAAGAAAUUACACAAGACGCAAAGGAAUUGUCUAAGAAUGAAGAGCCUGCAAAGGGAAGGAUUUAUGUUGUAAGCAACCUAAUGAAACCUACUAAUGACAGUGAUAAACAAGCAAGUGAAGUGCUGCCUGAUACAAUUAAUGGAAACCAAAUGGUUGAACUUAUCGAAAGCAAUGACGAAGACGAUAAUCAGUGUGUUAACACCGAUAACACCAAAGUUGUUCAAGUUUUUCUGCUAGACGAUACGAAGAAAGCGAUCAAACGGAAAAAGGCUAUUGGACGACCAAAGGGUGGAAGGAACAAUCGUUACACUUUAAAUUCCAUCAAUGCAAAAGACAACAGUGCCAUCAAGUAUCAGUGCACGCAAAAUUGUGCAAUGAGAUUCAGCAGCUCCAAAGUAUUGAGUUUUCACGAGCAAUGUCACGAUCAAAGCCAAAAGAAUGGAAUCAUUUGUCCCAAGUGCAAGGAAAACAACUUUCGUAAUUUUAACACUCUUCACACUCAUCUCUGGCGACAACAUUCAGUAGAUAUGGAACUGUACAGUUGCGAAUCGUGUGAUUUUAAGACGCCCAUUCUCUCUAGACUGCUAAAUACCCAUAAAAAAAUUCAUUUAGACGACCGAAACUAUAAAUGCGAGACCUGUGAGAAAGCUUUCAAAAAUGCAAAACAGUUGAAAAAUCACCGAGCUCUACACAACGAGGUGCGAGUUAUACGAAAGUGUGAAUUCUGUGACAAAUUAUUUUUUAACAAGAAAUAUCUGCGCAAUCACGUAAAAUCGGUGCACGAAAUGUUGAACGAAUUCAAGUGUAUAGUCUGUGAUAAUAUUUUUUCGUCGGUCGUUGCCUGUCGGACCCAUAUGCUAAACCACACGAAUAUGUCGAAGAAAUUUCAAUGCGAGAAGUGCACAUACUCAACCAACGAUGGAAGUGGCUUUCGAAGACAUUUAAAAAUCCACGAGAAUACAAAAACUUACGAGUGCCGUAAGUGUUCGUUUCGUUGCAUCCAGAGCAAGCAAUUUAAAAGUCACAUUUUAAAACUGCAUCCUGACAUUGCCAAUGAGGUUCUGUUUUCUUGCGUAAAAUGUCCGUAUGUUACAGUCAAUCGGAGUAAAUUCGAUUUGCACCAACUCCAUCAUGAGUUCAAAGAGGCUUCCAGCGAAGUGGUAGCAGAAAGUGAAGCGGUAGAAGAAAGCGAUGAUGAUGAAGUAUUAAUAAAGUUUGCAAAGUAAUUGUAACAGAUAAUAGUGCUUGCGUGUU